AUGAAAUACAUAAUAGAGCACAUGGAGCAAGGCUUCAGCGAGUGGGUUACACUUGAAUACGCUCAGAUUAUCCGCGACCUAGGUGCAUCGAACUUGAUUCUUACCUCAUUGCCAGCGGACACCAAGAAAUCUGACAUCCCAGAAAAACUAUUGGAAUUGGGUCUGCAAUGGACUACCAAGCCUUUGACGGAAAUCACGCAGGACUUUACGGACCUUCCCGAGUUGAAACAGCAGAGAGUAUGCCUGCUGGACCCUCGUGCCAAAGAAGAUCUAGAGCCAGCUGACGCUGACAGGUUUGACUACUUUGUGUUUGGUGGUAUUCUAGGCGAUCACCCCCCUCGUGACAGAACCAGUGAACUUUUGCAGGCAUACCCAAAUCUGCUUGUGGGCAAGCGCCUGGGUGAUAAGCAAAUGACCACCGAUACUGCGAUCAGAACCACGCAACUGAUAAUUGAGAAAAAGCUGCCAUUUGACAAGAUAAAGUUUAUCGAUUACCCUGAGUUCAGAUUCAACAAGAACGAGGCCACCGAGAUGCCCUUCAGAUAUGUUCUGGACACAAAUGGAAAGCCUAUUUUGCCUGAUGGUAUGCUAGAGCUCAUCAAGCGCGACUCUGAACAGAGUUUAGACGACCUCCUGUAA